ACGUGCGAGGGUUGAGGAGAGUCGGAUUGGGAAGCCAAGGGAACAGAGUGGGUUGGGAAACCCUAAGCUUCACGCAUUUGGGGAAGGUCCUUCCUCCACUCGCUCAUGCUCGUCGCGUGACCUAACCUUUCUUUCUUUCUUUCUCUCUCUCUCAGAUCAUCACCACCGUUAUCAAUCGUUCCUUUCCUUUCAGGCAAUGAUUGUAUAGUUCCUUAAAGAGAGGAUCAGACAAAAGGGUGGAGGCAAUUGAUGUGAAGGGUCCAAAAUCUGGUUAAUUUCAUUUUGUUCUCUUUUGCCAAAAUCCUACAAUGUAGAUGUUAGUUGUUUUUCUUUCCUUUUCUUUUUAUGUGGUAAUCUGUUCAUUUUGUUGGUAGUAAUUAUAUGCAAAUGAGGUGGAUUGAUUUUCAACUCUUGGGUUCUUGCGCAUCGAUAAACUUCAUGGGAGUGGAAAUACAAUUCCCCAUAAAAUUUUAGUAUUUUGCUCCAGAACAAAUGCCCCAAAUCCUAAUGUAAAUGUUAUAUGGUAUAUGUACAUCACCACAGAACCUUUCUUUGGUUAAGGUUCUUAAAAUCCUUAAAAUUUAAAACUAGUUAUUGAAAAUUUCUCAUUAUUUUGAGAUCAAACCCAGUAUUCUCCAAAGGAUCCUGAAAGCUUUUCUAAGAUACAACUGGCAUCAAGUCAAUUCAAGAAUUUGCAAGAUCCUAAUUGGAGAAUUUGGGACUCUCUGUAUAAAUUGCCUUGCGUCUUAAAACUUGCAGAAUUAGUACCCUUGAAAUCAUCAAGCAGAAAUCCGUAUUCGUCAUGGAUAUAGAUCUUCGGUUACCUUCUGGUGAACAUGAUAAAGAGGAUGAAGAAACAACUACAAUUGAUAAAUUGUUGGACAGUGAAGAAAAGAUGCAUAAUGGAGGUAUAGAUGGCAGAAAUAUAGUUGAUACUGGUAUUGAGGUUCAUGCUCUAAAUGGAGGAGAUUUGAAUUCACCAACAGUUGAUAUGGUAGUGUUUAAGGAAGAUACAAAUCUUGAGCCACUUUCUGGCAUGGAAUUCGAGUCUCACGGGGAAGCUUAUUCUUUCUACCAAGAAUAUGCUCGGUCAAUGGGAUUCAACACUGCUAUACAAAAUAGUCGCCGUUCAAAAACAUCAAGAGAAUUUAUAGAUGCAAAGUUUGCUUGUUCCAGAUAUGGAACAAAACGUGAGUAUGAUAAAUCAUUCAAUCGACCACGUGCACGACAAAACAAACAAGAUUCUGAAAAUUCAACUGGUAGAAGGUCUUGCUCCAAGACUGAUUGUAAAGCAAGCAUGCAUGUAAAAAGAAGGCCAGAUGGAAAAUGGGUUAUACACAGCUUCGUGAGGGAGCAUAAUCAUGAACUUUUACCAGCCCAAGCAGUCAGUGAACAAACAAGAAGAAUGUAUGCUGCGAUGGCUAGGCAGUUUGCUGAAUACAAAACUGUUGUUGGUCUCAAGAAUGAGAAGAAUCCGUUUGAUAAAGGUCGGAAUUUGGGCCUGGAGUCAGUGGAGGCUAAACUCAUGCUUGAUUUUUUCAUACAGAUGCAAAACAUGAAUUCUAACUUCUUUUAUGCAGUAGAUCUUGGUGAGGAUCAACGCCUGAAAAAUCUUUUAUGGAUUGAUGCCAAAAGUAGGCAUGACUACAUCAACUUUUGCGAUGUAGUAUCAUUUGACACCACCUAUGUUAGAAACAAAUAUAAGAUGCCUCUUGCACUUUUUGUUGGAGUGAACCAGCACUACCAAUUUAUAUUACUUGGGUGUGCCUUGAUAUCAGAUGAAAGUGCCGCCACCUUUUCUUGGCUAUUACGGACGUGGCUGAAAGGAGUUGGUGGUCAAGUUCCAAAAGUGAUAAUUACUGACCACGACAAGACUUUGAAGUCAGUUAUUUCAGAUAUCUUUCCUAGUGCUUGUCAUUGUGUUUCCUUAUGGCAUAUAUUUGGGAAGGUAUCUGAAAAUUUGGGUCCUGUAAUUAAAAAGCAUGAGAAUUUUAUGGCAAAAUUUGAAAAAUGCAUACAUAGGUCCUUGACCAGUGAUGAUUUUGAGAAAAGAUGGUGGAAAAUUAUUGAUAGGUUUGAACUUCGAGAGGAUGAAUGCAUGCAGUCAUUGUAUGAAGAUCGUAAGUUAUGGGCACCAACAUUAAUGAAGGAUGUUUUCUUAGGUGGUAUGUCUACUGUCCAUCGAUCUGAAAGUGUAAAUUCAUUCUUUGACAAAUAUGUUCAUAAGAAGACUUCUGUCCAAGAUUUUGUAAAACAGUAUGAAGCAAUCUUGCAAGACAGGUAUGAAGAGGAAGCAAAAGCAGAUUCUGAUACUUGGAAUAAAGUGGCAACAUUGAAAACUCCUUCUCCUUUAGAGAAGAGUGUUGCAGGGAUUUGCACACAUGCUGUAUUCAAGAAGAUUCAAGCUGAGGUUGUAGGAGCAGUUGCUUGUCAUCCUAAAGCUGACAGGCAGGAUGAUACAAUUAUUGUUCACCGGGUUCAGGAUAUGGAAACGAAUAAAGACUUCUUUGUUGUGGUUAAUGAAGUAAAGUCAGAGUUGUCGUGUAUAUGUCGGCUAUUUGAAUAUAGAGGUUAUCUUUGUCGACAUGCAUUGGUUGUUCUUCAAUAUUCUGGACAUUCUGUGUUCCCAUCUCAAUAUAUUUUGAAACGGUGGACAAAAGACGCAAAGCUCCGGAAUAUAAUGGGAGAAGAAUCUGAACAUAUGCUGACUAGAGUGCAACGAUACAAUGAUUUAUGUCACCGAGCACUAAAACUGAGUGAAGAGGGAUCGUUGUCUCAAGAGAGUUAUAGUUUAGCAUUCCAUGCACUGCAUGAAGCACACAAAAGUUGUGUGAGUGUUAACAAUUCUAGUAAGUGUCCUACAGAACCUGGUACAUCAGGCGCUCAUGGUCAGCUUUCUACUGAAGAAGAUACCCAAAGUAGAAAUAUGGGCAAGUCAAGCAAAAAGAAGAAUCCAACUAAAAAGAAAAAGGUGAACUCUGAAGCGGAAGUGAUGACAGUUGGGGCACUCGACAACUUGCAACAAAUGGACAAAUUCAGCACAAGAGCUGCAGUAACCCUUGAAGGUUAUUAUGGCACACAACAGAGCGUACAGGGGAUGUUGAAUUUAAUGGGACCAACACGUGAUGAUUACUAUGGGAAUCAACAGACACUUCAGGGGCUGGGACCAAUAAGUUCGAUACCAACCAGUCACGAUGGUUAUUAUGGUGCACAUCAGGGCAUGGCUGGUCUGGCACAACUGGAUUUUUUGCGAACUGGUUUCACGUAUGGCAUUCGGGAUGAUCCUAAUGUGAGAGCAGCACAGUUGCAUGAGGAUCCAUCAAGACAUGCAUAAGUUUCACUAUCCUUUAUAAUAAGGCUGGUGAAGCGACGGCUAUGAGCUGAUUAUCCGUCGUUGAGAAUUUGAGGUCAUAAUGGAAAAGCUCCAAAUCCAGUAUUUUGUAAUAUAAUACUGCUACAUUAAUAAUAACAUAGGAUAACUGUUAACGUCUAUUAUAAAUAUUAAUAGAUGUAAGCUUUUAGCGUUCAACCUCAUGUGGAGAUUGUUGUAAUAUAUGCUUAUUCUUUAGGCUACUUGAGAAAUUGUAAUUAUGAAAUAUUUAUGUUAGUAACGAAAGUAUUAGCAUGCUUUUC